AUGACUCAAUCUACGCUCGAACGAUCCUUGGCUCCGAUGACUCAAUCUACGCUCAAACGAUCCUUGGAUUGUCCGGAUCCGGAUCCGGAUUCUCAGCGUGCCAAGGCCCCGCGUUCGACUUUGAAUCUGCGGCCAAAAAGCGGAUCUCCGUUGCUGAUGCUGUCUCUGUUGCUGGUUCCUGGCCGUAGACUCUCAUCGAAGCUCGUUAUUGUAGAUGUGUUUAGCGAGGAGAGGAUCGGACUCCCUCCUCUGGAGUCACUCAAGGGUGAGCGUUUUAAGGUUGAGGUAGCAGGAGAUAAGAAAUUCAAUGUUAGUUUAAUCGAGGAUGCUUCUAGGAUUGUUCAAGAUGUGGAAGAUCUGAGGGGUCUUUUGGUAUUGCAAGAAAGAGAUGGUCAUUACCGUGAGAUUAACACACGGGUCGGUCCUCGCUUGGAGUUACAAGGCCUACGUGAUAUGGUACUCAAAGGUUACAGCCUUUACGUCCUCACGAAACGUGACUACAUUCGACACCUGGAUUUGUCUGGAGAAGAUGGUUUCAAGGAUGUGUCCGAGAACCACAGGUUGCCAAGGUGGGAGCCAAAUCGGAGUACUAAGGAGGAGUAUGAAAGACUCAGAGCGAUUAAGGUCACCUCAAGGAGCGAUAGUAUUGUUGUGAAAACAUCAGGAGAGGUUUUGUAUGUCCAUAGCAGAUCUUACGAGACGUCGACCUUGGAAAGGCCUAGGACGUUCCGAGUGUUCAAGAGGGAUCCUAAACAGGUACACCCGAGUACCAACGACGACACGCUUGCUGAGGUAGAUUCUCUUGGUGAUGAAGCCCUGUUUCUUGAUUUGGGUAUCACCGUGAAAGUGGCUGCUGGGUAUUGA